CAUAAAUCAAAAUUACAAUAAUAUUAUUAAUAUUAAUCUUAAAAGAUGAAUUACUUGUGACUUGUGAGGUGUUCGAAACUUCACUCUUCAGUACGUAAUUGUUGUAAUCAUCAGACUUGAGUUCUUUAAAAAAAUAUUAAGACGUUCGGCACUAUAGAUAUCUUUAGAAAUCUUCGUAAAAAUAUACAAAAAAACCAAAAUGAGUGGAAAAAUAUUUCAAACGAAUUUGAUAUCAAAUGGAAUUUCCCAUCAUGCAUAGGAGCACUAGACGGGAAGCAUAUAGUGAUUCAAUGUCCACCAAAUACUCACUCACAAUAUUAUAAUUAUAUGGGUAUUUUAGUAUUGUAUUACUAGCUUUGGUUGAUGGUAACUACAAUUUUACAUGUGUUGAUAUUGGCAGCUACGGGAACCAAUCAGAUGGAUGGAUUUUCGCCAAAUCAAAUUUAAUGAAAGCAAUUGAAAAUAGUAAAUUAGAAAUUCCUCCUGAAAGUGUGAUAUUAGGUGAUGAACUAAAAUAUAACUAUUACAUUUCAACUAAAAACCUAUCUGAUGAAACCGUAUCCUCGUAAAUUUCAACAACCAGUCAAAGAAAAAGUGUUCAACUACAGAUUAUCUCGUGCCAGACGUAUAGUUGAAAAUGCAUUUGGGAUACUCUCAAGUCGUUUUCGGGUUUUCAGAAGACCCAAAAUUCUUGCACCACACACCACAAUAACACUUAUAAAAGCUGCAUGUGCAUUGCAUAAUUGGAUUAGAAAGAACAAUUGUGAACCUUGCAUAACAGUUGAUGUAGAAGAUCAUGAAAAUCAAUGUAUCAUUUCUGGAAAUUGGAGAACUGGUCAAAGUUCUGAGAACUUAUUACCAUUAUGCGCCACACAAGAGAGAAACUUUAUUCAAGGAGCUCGUCUUAAGCGAGAUGGACUUGCUGAUUUUUUUAUGGGAGAUGGGGCUGUUCCCUGGCAGUACAAUAUGAUUCAAUAAAGUAUUAUUAGUUUAAGUUGAAUAAUCAUUAAUGUAUAGUUA